AUGUCCAAGACGUACAAGACCAAGCUCGCCAGCAUCCCCAAGGAGAACUUCCUCUUUGGCCCCUCCCCCGUCCAGUACCUUCCCAACCUCACCACCGCCCUCGGCGGCCAGGUCAAGGUCUACGCCAAGCGCGAGGACUGCAACUCGGGCCUGGCUUACGGCGGCAACAAGGUCCGCAAGCUCGAGUACCUCGUCGCCGACGCCAAGCUCAAGGGGUGCGACACGCUCGUGUCCGUCGGCGGCGUGCAGUCCAACCACACGCGCGCCGUCACCGCCACGGCCGUCGCGUCCGGCAUGACCGCCGUGACCGUCCAGGAGAAGUGGGUUCCCAUCGACCCGCCCCUCUAUGCCGAGACGGGCAACAUCCUCCUGUCGCGCAUCAUGGGCGGCGACGUGCGGUUGAACCAGGAGGACUUUGACAUUGGCCACAAGGCCGCGACCGAGCAGGCGUUCAAGGACGUCGAGGCCAGGGGCGGCAAGCCUUACUACAUCCCCGCGGGCGCGUCCGACCACGAACUUGGUGGUCUUGGAUUCACAAACCUCGUCGUCGAGCUUGCCGAGCAGGAGGCUGCGCAGGGCAUCUACUUUGACACAUUGGUCGUGUGCAGCGUCACGGGUUCGUCGCAUGCGGGCCUCAUCGUCGGCGCCGUCGCCGAGGGCAAGGGCCGUAAAGUCAUCGGCAUCGACGCGAGCGGUAAAGUCGAGGCGACACGGACACAGGUCACCCGCAUCGCGCGCAACACGGCCAAGCUCCUCGACCCCGAGCUCGUCAUCAAGGACGAGGACGUGAUUCUGGACGACAGGUUCAACGCCGGCAUCUACGGUAUCCCCGACGAGCAGACCAUCAAGGCUAUCGAGAUGGCGGCGCGCACCGACUCGAUGAUCACUGACCCCGUGUACGAGGGCAAGUCGAUGGCCGGCAUGAUCGAGCUCAUCAAGGAGGGCACCAUCAAGCCCGGCUCAAACGUCCUCUACAUCCACCUGGGCGGACAGCCCGCUUUGAACGCUUACAGCUCGUACUUUCCUCACAACUAG